AUCUCUGAAUCUCAGAAUCUCAGAAUCUCAGAAUCUCAGAAUCUCAGAAUUUCAGAAUCUCAGAAUCUCAGAAUCUCAGAAUCUCAAAAACUCAGAAUCUCAGAAUCUCAGAAUUUCAGAAUCUCAGAAUCUCAAAAUCUCAAAAUCUCAGAAUCUCAAAAUCUCAGAAUCUCAAAAUCUCACAAUCAGAAUUUCAGAAUCUCAGAAUCUCAAAAUCUCAGAAUCUCAAAAUCUCAGAAUCUCAAAAUCUCAGAAUCUCAGAAUCUCAAAAUCUCAGAAUCUCAAAAUCUCAGAAUCUCAAAAUCUCAGAAUCUCAAAAUCUCAAAAUCUCAAAAUCUCAGAAUCUCAGAAUCUCAGAAUCUUAAAAUCUCAGAAUCUCAGAAUCUCAGAAUCUCAAAAACUCAGAAUCUCAGAAUCUCAGAAUCUCAGAAUCUCAGAAUCUCAGAAUCUCAGAAUCUCAGAAUCUCAGAAUCUCAGAAUCUCAGAAUCUCCAAAUCUCAGAAUCUCAGAAUCUCAGAAUCUUUAGAAUCUUGGAAUCUCAGAAUCACAGAAUACCAGAAUCUCAGAAUCUCAGAAUCUCAGAAUCUCAGAAUCUCAGAAUCUCAGAAUCUCAGAAUCUCCAAAUCUCAGAAUCUCAGAAUCUCAGAAUCUUUAGAAUCUUGGAAUCUCAGAAUCUCAGAAUUCCAGAAUCUCAGAAUCUCAGAAUCUCAGAAUCUCAGAAUCUCAGAAUCUCAGAAUUUCAGAAUCUCAGAAUCUCAGAAUCUCAGAAUCUCAAAAACUCAGAAUCUCAGAAUCUCAGAAUCUCAGAAUCUCAGAAUCUCAGAAUCUCAGAAUCUCCAAAUCUCAGAAUCUCAGAAUCUCAGAAUCUUUAGAAUCUUGGAAUCUCAGAAUCUCAGAAUUCCAGAAUCUCUGAAUCUCAAAAUCUCAGAAUCUCAGAAUCUCAGAAUCUCAAAAUCUCAAAAUCUCAGAAUCUCAGAAUCUCAGAAUCUCAAAAUCUCAGAAUCUAAAUUUCUGAAUUUCUAUACACAAAAUUCAGAAUCAGAAGUGUUAACGUAUUUCGUUGAUGUCAUCGAGAUUCGUCAUCCAAACAUAAUAGACCAUUUUUUCAUAUCUUUCACAGGAAUCAAGAUAAUUGAGCUUGAAUUGGGCGCGGUUCGGUCGGCAACUGAUUGUGUCACUACCAUACUUGAACUUUCACAGGGUAACGGCUUCGCAUGGUAUAUGCGUUGGCGCGGCGCCUCAUAUGGACGACAUAGGUACACCGUUUGCGCGCAUAUAAUCAAAAAAAUGUCGAGACCUCUCAACUACGAUAUGUGGCCACCAGUGAUGCAGUACAUGGAUUUAGGCAACAGAACUCUGCUCUCUUUAAAAUAUCCCAAAAUCCGCCUAACCGACAAAAGAUGUCCAGCCAGAGUCGAAAGAAUUCAUGUCACUGAAAUGGGUGUCAAAGUGAACGAUACGAAAUUCAUUGUCAAGAAAUAUGAAUCAGGAGAAUACAUGGAAACUUCUGGAUCCGAUUCUGAUCCUUCCAGAACCAUCAUUCUCAAAACCGAGGUCCCCGUGUCUCAAGCUAAACAACAACUAUUUUUGGCAUUUUUCCAUAGAAAAUUGGAUAUCAAUACUCUUAUCUUAGAUCGAGAAUUCAGAAGAGAAGAUGUUUCAUGGCCGAGUGAUUUGAAGAUUAAAAUUCGAAAUCUUUGGGUGUCCCCUUAUCAAUCUCAUUUUGAAACAUAUGCCAAUACAGUACUAGAGACUAGAGAUUUCUUAAAUGAAAUCAAUGGAAUUCUGAGUCAUCCAUUGGAAUCUAUGGAUCUUGGAACAUGUGUUCUGAUGAGUCAUUCUGUCACAAAUUCUGCUAAAACCUUGCUCGUCCAUAAAUAUGCUCAUGGAAUCGAGGAAUGCGGAUCCCAUCGAAUUCAUGUUCAAAAUACCAGAACUCAUUUUCUGGAACCCGUGAGAAUUGUGGAAAAGUGGCAAUUGACGAAACCAGAAGUUGGGCGACAUUUCUCAUUGGCAACUGAUAAUCUUUCAUGGGCACAGUGGGUUUUCCGAACGAUUGAAAUGCUCCAGAUUGCUCAUGUUACUUUUGCACUAUCCACUGACGUCAUAUCUUAUGGUAUCACUUUUCCGAUUGGCAAUGGAAAAGAGAUCAAUGUAUUCGUGACUAGUUCAAAGAAGGGAUCUGAGUAUGUGCUCAACUUUAAAAUCGAUGGAACUAAUCAAUCUGUAUCAUUAUAA